CUCUCUCUCCUUCUGUAGAUUGAAUUGAUCCCACUUCCCAUACGAUGCCUUCCCGAAGAAGGACGCUCUUGAAGGUCAUCAUCCUUGGGGAUAGCGGGGUGGGGAAGACCUCUUUGAUGAACCAAUAUGUGAAUAAGAAGUUUAGUAAUCAAUACAAGGCCACCAUUGGAGCUGACUUUUUGACUAAGGAGGUGCAAUUCGAAGAUAGACUUUUCACUUUGCAGAUAUGGGAUACAGCAGGCCAGGAGCGAUUCCAAAGUCUUGGUGUUGCUUUUUACAGAGGUGCUGAUUGCUGUGUUCUGGUGUAUGAUGUCAAUUCAAUGAAAUCAUUUGACAACCUUAACAACUGGCGGGAAGAAUUCCUUAUUCAGGCAAGCCCUUCGGAUCCGGAAAAUUUUCCCUUCGUCGUUUUAGGAAACAAAGUUGAUGUUGAUGGUGGAAACAGUAGAGUUGUUUCAGAGAAAAAGGCACGAGCUUGGUGUGCAUCAAAAGGAAAUAUCCCAUACUUCGAGACUUCUGCCAAAGAAGGCAUUAACGUAGAAGAAGCAUUCCAGUGCAUCGCAAAAAACGCCCUCAAGAGUGGGGAAGAGGAAGAAAUAUACUUACCCGACACCAUUGAUGUCGGGAGCAACAAUCAGCCAAGAUCAUCUGGAUGCGACUGCUGAGUUCAAUACACCAAAUCACUUUUUAUUCUAUUCCAUUCUCCAGUAAAGCAUAAGGCAUCUAUAAAGGUCCCCACAGACUCGGCUUUUUUAYGCGUUCCUAUUUGUACAUUUGGCUUUGCAUUCGAACGAGUCCCGUCAUUAUCAGUUCAGUUGUGUUUGGUCUAUGCAAGUUGUGUUUACUGUCUUAGGUUAUAUUCAUUAUCCGUCUGGUGAUUGAUUGACUGUGACUGAGCCUCAUUUGCUCAGUUUGUCGCAUAAGUUUGUAAUUCUUCUUAGUGAACGUUUAUGUGAUUCUUGUUUAUUUGAUAGGAUGUUGGUUCUUCUGUUCAUAUGCUUU